CCCCCGUCUCCCUCCGCCUCCCCGGGCGGCCGAGGCGCCGCGGGGGCGGGGCCGCGCGAGGCCGGGCGGCGUGGCGGUGCUGGCUGGCCGCCCGCGGCCAAGGUGCGAGCGGACCGCGGCGGGCCCGGGCGCGGAGCGGGGGCGCGCGGCGCGGAGCAGCUCAGUGCAGCGCGGCCCGGCGCGGGCGAGACGAGCCCGCGGGCGGCGGCGGCGGCUCCCAGCCCGGCGGGUGCAGGGCCUCCGACUGAGCUGCGGCGGAGCGGGGCCUCGGCCCGGGCGCUGGGGGAGCCCGCCGCGGCGGGCAGCGGCAGGAAGCGGCGGCGGCGCGUCCCGGGCGGUGCGCGCCAUGUCGGGCGGGCUCCCCAAGGCCCUGCCGUCCACGGGGCCCCACUCCCUGCGCGACAUGCCGCACCCGCUGGCCGGCUCCAGCAGCGAGGAGGCCGUGGGCGGCGACAGCACGCCCAGCCCGGACCUGCUCACGGCCCGCAGCUUCGCCGACAAGGAUCUCAUUUUGCCCAACGGCGGUACUCCAGCAGGUGCUUCCAGUCCAGCUUCCUCAUCCUCCCUGCUCAACAGACUUCAGCUUGACGACGACAUCGAUGGUGAGACCAGAGAUCUCUUUGUCACAGUGGAUGAUCCCAAGAAGCACGUCUGCACCAUGGAGACCUACAUCACGUACAGGAUCACCACCAAAAGUACUCGGGUGGAGUUUGACCUGCCUGAAUAUUCGGUCCGGCGAAGAUACCAGGACUUUGACUGGCUGAGGAACAAACUGGAAGAAUCGCAGCCCACUCAUCUCAUUCCCCCGCUGCCGGAGAAGUUUGUGGUGAAAGGUGUUGUGGACCGUUUUUCAGAAGAGUUCGUGGAGACCAGGAGAAGAGCUUUGGAUAAAUUCCUGAAAAGGAUCACGGAUCAUCCUGUCCUUUCUUUCAAUGAACACUUCAAUGUUUUCCUUACUGCUAAGGACCUGAAUGCCCACAAGAAGCAAGGGAUGGCGCUGCUGACCCGAGUGGGCGAGUCGGUCAAGCACGUCACCGGCGGCUACAAGCUGAGGAGUCGGCCUCUGGAGUUUGCAGCCAUAGGCGAAUACCUAGACACGUUUGCGCUCAAACUGGGAACCAUAGAUCGGAUAGCUCAGCGGAUCAUCAAAGAGGAAAUAGAGUACCUGGUGGAGCUGAGGGAGUACGGGCCUGUGUACUCCACCUGGAGCGUCCUGGAGGAGGGGCUGGCCCAGCCGCUGGAGGGGGUGUCGGCUUGCAUCGGCAACUGCUCCACCGCCUUGGAAGAGCUGACGGACGACAUGACCGAAGACUUCCUGCCCGUGCUCAGGGAGUACGUCUUAUACUCCGACUCCAUGAAGAACGUGCUGAAGAAGAGGGACCAAGUGCAAGCAGAGUACGAGGCCAAGCUGGAAGCCGUGGCCCUGAGAAAGGAAGACCGCCCCAAGGUGCCCGCGGACGUUGAGAAAUGCCAGGAUCGGAUGGAGUGUUUCAAUGCUGAUCUGAAAGCCGACAUGGAAAGGUGGCAGAACAACAAGAGGCAGGACUUCCGGCAGCUGCUCAUGGGCAUGGCCGACAAGAACAUCCAGUACUACGAGAAGUGCCUCACGGCGUGGGAGUCGAUCAUUCCACUGCUGCAGGAGAAGCCGGAGGCCAAGUGAGCACCUCCUGGGGACGGAGGCUCCUCGACCUACACAGGGCACGGCGCCCCAUCCCGGAACGUCCCUGCCGUGCCAGCGCGGUGGCACUGAGAAAACAACUGCGGGAACAUCUCUCCUCGCGUGUUUCUUUCCCAUCCCCACCUGCCUUUGUCUGACAGAUGUUUUUAAUUGGUAUUUAUUCCUCGGUGGAGCCCGGAGGGCGGUGGUCAUCUCAGCCGAAGCAGCGAACCUUCCCUGCUGUGAAGGGACCUGUGACGUGGAAGAUCCCACGGUGAGGGAAACCUCAUUGCGGUUUCCUGUUUUGCGACAUUGGACUUAGCGGCCUGUCGUGGGAGAGAACCGGGGUCCUGCUUUCCGGGGACACGAGGAAGGAAGGCACAGACAGAAGGCCACCCUGGCUUUGCAAGGCUGCACGGCAGCUCCGGGCCCGACGUCUCUGGGCAUCGACACGUCUCGGCCCAGCAGGAGGUGUGGGCCCCUCCCUGGAAGGUCCUUCAUGUACAGUGGCCUGUAGCCGUGAGCACGGCCUGCGGCCUGCAUGUGAUGGGCGACACCUCUUUUACGGUUCCUGUUUCAGACGGGACCAUUGAAACCGGUGCCUGCGUGCAUCCGUGCCAGAGCGCCCAGCGUCCUGGUCCUCGUGCGGAGCCUGGGGACCGCACUCCCUGAACUUGGUUCUGACACUAGAAUGAGCUAGAUCGGAAACUCUUUGUAUGUAAAAUGAAAAAAAAAGGUGCGUUUUUUUUCUCUGUGACGUUCUUCCAUGUUUUUCUUUUGCUUGUGAGCUGUCAGCGGCCUGGAGAGCAGGCCUGUCGGGGAGUAGUAGCUGGCGACCCGAAGGCGGGUCCCUCCCCGGCGGCUGCAAUCACUGGGCAGAUGCCAGGCCCGCUGCCCGCGUCUGCUUUGCGCAAUGGCCGUUACCUCACCAAAAAUUCCUAGUUUAAUGUUUGAUCUCUUGCCCCCUGAGUGUUUGGGCCAUCUUGUGGUGAGAAGGUGGCCUGUCCUUGCGACACAGUUGAAAUUUUGUGAGCUCAGUGCGGAUGGCCUGCGUGAGGUGCUUUAACCAGCACCGGCGUCUGAUCAGAGAGAAGUCUGUGGCUGGCGUGGCCUCCAAGGUGACGCGAGCAGCAGUGAACCCCCCUCCCAGCUGAGCUGGCGCCCACGUGCAGCGGGUUCCCUGGGGGCCACUGGCUGCAUCUCGAGUCCUGGUCUCCAACUGCUACCAGGUUUGCUUUUCAAAUGGACAGAAACACGAG